UCCGAGAUCAGGAACAAGAAAUCAGAAACCAAAACCAGAGAUCUUCAUCAACGCCACCACUGCUCUUGUCGUGCUGCCUUUGUGCUCGACUGUCGCUAGAUCUCACGGAAUCAACUCAACCCGUGGCACUCGGCGCCCUCCUAGCUUGAUACAAACAUGUCGCCUGGUGCGGCCACCAACGCCACUGACUUUGGCCCGACCAAGAAGGUGUCUCAAUGGAUCGCGUCCGUCAAGUUGGAGGACAUUCCUGAGGACAUCCGCACCCGCGCCAAGUACCUCAUUCUCGAUGGCCUUGCCUGUGGCCUCAUGGCCGCACACCUGCCCACGUGCGAGAAGGCAGUCAAUAUCCUCGCGGCCCUCGAGCCAGCCGCAGGUGACGCCGUCCUGUUCGGCUGGGCCGGGAAGAAGGUCACGCCGUUGACCUCCGCUCUGCUCAACGGUACCUUCAUCCAGGGCUUCGAACUCGACGACUGGCACAGCGAGGCGCCCCUGCACUCCAACAGUAUCAUUUUGCCCGCCCUGCUGGCGGCCGCCCAGCACUUGAAGAUGGAAAAGAGCGUCUCCGGCCCCGAGUUUCUCCUCGCCACCCUCGUUGGCUUCGAAGUCGGCCCACGCGUCGGCCGCGGUCUGCACGGCGCCCACAUCCUCUCCACCGGUUGGCACUCGGGGGCCGUCUUCGGCCCUUCCGCCUCUGCCGCCAGCGUCAGCAAGCUCUUCGGCCUCAGCGCUGAGAGUGUCGAGGACGCUCUUGGCAUCGCCUGCACCCAGGCUUGCGGUCUCAUGUCCGCACAGUUUGAGAGUGAGGUCAAGCGCAUGCAGCACGGCUUCGCGGCCCGUAGUGGCCUCAUGGCCGCCUUCCUCGCCCGCGGCGGCUACAUCGGCAUCAAGAAUGUCUACGAGAGGGAGUAUGGAGGCUUCUUGAAGCAGUUCAGCGGCGGCAACGGCAAGAGCCCCCAGUUCCUGCCGGAGGAGGUCAGCAAGGAUCUCGGCAUCAGGUGGCAGACCAACUCUAUUCGCGUCAAACCCUACGCCUGCGUCGCCGCCGUCCACGGCGCCAUCGACUGUGUCCGCUUCCUACAGCAGCGCUACCCGGAGCGUUUUCGAGCCAACCAGAUCCAGGACAUCAAGAAAAUCCACAUCAAGUCGGGCCCAGUCAACUUUCACCACGGUGGCUGGAAGGCCGCCCGGCCCCUCACCAAUACCGGCGCCCAGAUGAGCGCCACCUUUGCCGUCGCCACCCAGAUCAUCCACAACCAGGUCCUCGCCGCCCAAUUCAGGAAUGACAUGCUCGAGAAUAAUGACGUUUGGAAGCUCGUGGACCUCAGCGACUGCGAGCUCGCUCCGGAGUAUCCUCACGGCCAGCACAGCAUGACCAUCGAGUUCGCCGACGGCAGCUCGGUGUCGCAGCUUGUGGAAAACUCCAGGGGUGUCAAGCCGCCUCUGACCAACGAGGAGAUUGUCGAGAAGUGGAGGAACCUCACCAAGGACAUCAUGGACUCGGAAAUCGUGCGGAAGAUCGAGGAGAUCAUCUUGUCGCUGGACACACUGGGUGACAUUUCGCCGCUGUAUGAGCUCUUGAGCACAAAGACCACGAAUCCCAUAGCAUAG